AUGUCGGCGGCGGCGGCAGCUGCGGACACGUACUCCCCGGCCGCGGAGGCUGGGAGCAAGCGCCGGGAGAGGAGGGAGGAGCUGCGGCGCCACCUCGCCGAGGACGCCGAUUGGCCCCGCGCCGACGGCCGCUCCUUGCACGACUGCCGCCCCGCAUUUAUGCAAACAGGGUCAACUACUGCUGCAUCAGGGUCUGCUUAUGCAGAAUUUGGGAAGACAAAGGUCAUUGUGUCAGUGUUUGGCCCAAGGGAGAGCAAGAAAGCAAUGCUGUACAGUGACACUGGUAGGCUCAAUUGCAGUGUGAGCUAUACAACAUUUGCCACUGGUAUACGUGGACAGGGGCUGGAAAACAAGGAGUACUCUGGAAUGCUUCACAAAGCCCUGGAAGGCGCAGUAAUGCUACAUACUUUUCCGAAGACAACUGUUGAUGUUUUUGCGUUGGUUCUUGAGUCUGGUGGCAGCGAUCUUCCCAUUAUAAUAUCUUGCGCUAGUCUUGCACUGGCAGAUGCUGGGAUUAUGAUGUAUGACCUUGUUACAUCAGUAUCCGUGUCCUGUUUAGGGAAGAACGUUCUCAUCGAUCCAACCUCAGACGAGGAGGCAUGGCAAGACGGAGGCCUUAUGGUAUCUUACAUGCCGGCCCGCAAGGAGAUUACACAACUUACGCUGACUGGGGAGUGGACUGACGGCAAAAUCACCAAUGCAGUAGAGCUCUGUAUGGAUGCUUGCAGUAAGCUCUGCGAGAUAUUGCGGGAGCGCUUGAAAGACCCUGCGAGCUUGGCGAGCGAAUGA